AUUGCAACUAGCUCUAAUACCACUGCUUCUUCUGCCACUGAUACAACUACAACAACCUCAACUUCUACUACAACAACCUCAACUUCUACUACAACAACCACAACUACUACUGCAACGAUUAGAAUGAUAAACGAUUUACCAACGAUAACAUUUCAGCAGCAACAGCAGCCACAGCAACAUCAACAUCCUUUUUUUAAUGUUCGUGAGAGGUUGUUCCACGCGUUGUUCCAUCGAAUUGCUGUGGCAUACUGCAGAGCCGUGCCCAGUUCCUUCAGGAUCGCACUCGAAAUCUUUGCUCUGCUCAAGGCACUUGUCCUCUUCUUCGUCCUCUGUUACAUCCAUGUUGUGCUGGCUCGAGGACCGAAGCACUGCCUCCAACACAUCAAACAAAACUGGCCGAGGGACGGGGUGCUCAGGGUUGAGGUGCUGAGGAAUGCACCACCGGGCUACUCGCUGGCCCACUCUUAUCGCAAGGAGGACGACGACAAUGGUGGUGUUAAUGAUUCAAAUGUGACAUCACACGAUGAUCAACGUGCUGCUGUUGCUGCUACUGCUGCUGAAGAUGAGAAUCGUUCUGUGGGCUGGAGCAGAAUGCUUAGCAAUCUGCUUGCACUCCAUGACCUCUCCAUAUCUUCUCUGACGUCACUCAUCUUCAACAAUGUUGGAAACAACGAUGGUGGGGAUGAUGAUAACGGUAAAGUUGCAAGUGAUGUUGGCACCAUCUGGCCUGAAGAUAAGUACAUAGUUGAAUACUCACUGGAGUAUGGAUUCUUGAGACUGACACCGAACACCAGGCAGCAGCUGAACAUCUCCGUGAAGCUUGUUGUAUUAGAUCCUAUGAAAGACGAAUGUUUUGGUGACCAGCUGAGCAGAUUCCUAUUGGAUGAAUUUCUUGGAUAUGACGACGUUCUCAUGUCCAGUGUCAAACAACUUGCGGAGGAUGAAACUAAUAAAGGUUAUCUGCGUAAUGUUGUGAACGGUGAACACUACAGAUUCGUGAGUAUCUGGAUGGCUAAGAGCUCGUACCUUGCUGCUGCCUUCAUUAUGGUAGUCUUUACCCUGGCUGUAUCAAUGCUGUUGAGAUACUCGCAUCAUCAGAUAUUCGUUUUCAUCGUUGACCUGUUGCAAAUGCUGGAGAUGAACAGAUCACUGGCCUUCCCCGCAGCACCGCUACUCACCGUCAUACUGGCUCUCGUUGGUAUGGAGGCCAUCAUGUCUGAGUUCUUCAGCGACACGACAACAGCUUUUUACAUAAUCCUCAUUGUAUGGAUAGCUGAUCAGUAUGACGCCAUCUGCUGUCAUACUGCAGUCACUAAGAAGCAUUGGCUAAGAUUUUUCUUCCUCUACCAUUUUGCGUUCUAUGCGUACCAUUAUCGUUUCAAUGGUCUGUACAGUGGCUUGGCUCUCCUGACGUCAUGGCUCUUCAUACAGCAUUCCAUGAUCUACUUCUUCCACCAUUAUGAACUGCCAAUCAUCUUGCAACAAAUUCAACAACAACAAGCCCAACAGCAACAGGACAUGAGACAACAUCAGCAACAACAACCUGCAACUGCAACAGCGUCAACCUCACAAGUCAACAACAACACUCAGCAAGGUAGCAAUGUCAAUGUUCUUUUCGCAACUAGCAGAUCGUUAUCGGCACCAACAUUCUUGAGGAUUGGAGCUCAACCAAAUCAACAAGAUCUCAACAACAACAACAACAACAUGGAAUUGUUGAAUACUGUUCUCGCAACGGCAACAUCGAUGUUGUCUUCCGCAUCCAUAGUGGAAGUGGACAACAACAAUCAACAAACACUGCGACCACAAGUUGCUGAACGGCUAAAUCAGUCGGUGGAGAGGAUUGUUGAGAUGAUCAGGUUGAGGUUUGCGGGACAGGCUCCUCAACUGAAUCUACCGCAACAAGUACUCUUGCAACAACAUCCUCAGCAACCACAUUCUGAGCAACAUCAAGAACAACAAAACAUUCAAACUCCACAACAACAACAACAAAACAUUCAAACACCACCACAACAACAAUACUCUCAACCAUCUCAAGAUCUGCAAGAAUCAUCGGCACAACAGCACCAGCCACAAAAUGUUGAUCAACUUUUACAAAAACAACUGCAUUCAGACCAACAGCAACCAUUAGAACAGCAGCAAAAUCCUGAAGACGAUGAAGGAUGCGGCGCGUCACUGCAUCAACAUUCGAACCAAAACAAUCUCUAUGAGGUUGACAAUGUUGCUGUUGAUGUUGUCAACAAACAAACCGACAACAAACCGUCAUCAUCCACAUCAUCACCACCAUGCAUAACAUCUCUCUCAACAAAGAAGGAUGACGGUGGUGAUGGUGAUGACGAUGUUGAUCAAAAGAUUAAAAGUGACGACGACGAUGAUGAUGGUGGUGGUGAUAGUGAAAAAGCGAAUCAUCAGCAGUAGCAGCAUUUUUAAUGAUAAACCGUUCGUUUCUAGAAACAAAUAAAAUUUUCCAACUAUUAAUUAUUCUUCGUCAUCAAUAAUGAUAUGAGUAUACUGACACAACGUACAUUACACUCGCACAUACAUUACUUUAAAUAUGUGUGUGUGUGUGUGUGCGUGCGUGUGUGUGUGUGCGUGCGUGUGUGUGUGUGUAAUAAAUAAUUCUAAUUGAAUGUGUAUGCGUAUUUUAAUAUAUGUUUUUUAAUGUAGAUAUGAAUGACGAUGUGGAUGUUUUAUGAACUUGAUUGCUCGGUGUGCUAUUAACGAAGGUUUAAUUCUUUUGUUUAUUCAUUUAUUUAUUUGUUAAUUCAUUUAUUAAUUCAUUCAUUCAUUUAUUAACUAAUUCAUUUAUUUAUUUUCUUAUUAAUUCAUUUAUUUAUUUUUUAUUGUCAUUAUAUUAUUAUUUUUUACUGAAUUUAAACAGCUGUGUGUGUGUUUUAUGUGCGUGUGUGUGUGUGUGUGUGUGUGUGUGGUGUAAGUGGUGCACGUGUGUUUUUCAGUCAGUGAUUGUAUUAAUUAGUAAAUAACAAAAAUAAUAAUAAUGAUGAUGAUGAUGAAAAAUAAUGAUAAUAAUUAAAAAAAUAAUAAUAACUAAUAUUGGCUUCUGUCGUAAUCAUUGUGGUCAACUGAUCACAUUUAACAGUAGUUAAUGUAAUUAUUGUAGUGAUUAUUUGAUCAAUUUUGAGUAAUGGCGAGAUGUCGGCACGUCUUUUUAAGGCUCCCGUCGGGAACUCAAAUGUCAUACAUUACGUGCUUCGCCCCAUGGAUCUGUUACGUCGCUUAACUGAUCCAUUAAUUAAUACUUGUGUUUACAUUGUAUAUUUUCUAUAAGUGUGUAACAUAAUUGCUUGACGUGUUUUUAUAUGAAUGAGCAACCAGACAUACGCAGUGCAAAUGCAUUGCAAUUUUGUGUAUAUAAAUACGAAUUUUAAAUGUAAUUGUAAUUUUUUUUAUAUAGAGUUAAAUUUUUAUGUAGUUUUGGAAAUAUUUUUCACCUAUUUGUAUGAAUUAACUUUUUGUUCACCAUGUUUGGAUUAAUUGUCUGGAGGAAUAAAUUUUUAUUUAAA